AACCCUAAUUCCUCACUGUCCCCUUCAUUCACGCCCUUCUCUGCUUCGGCUUCGAGUGGUAUAGGUUGUACUCUGCUUCAUUUAAACCGUCACCGACCAUUUCCACCGCCGCCUCUGCCACCUCCAGCACCACCACCAUCACCCCUGCGCCCGCCACCACCACCAUCAUCAUCGCAAGCUAUUCUAGAGCACUGAUGGCCACCGAGGAUAAGUAGAGUUCAAGCAUCUUGUUCGGUUCACAUCAACUCGAGUACUUUGAGGAAGAAUGGGAAGAGCAACGAGGUGGCUGAGGAGUCUAUGGGGAGGGAAGAAGGACACGGAGAAGAGCACGGCUGACAGGAAAGAGAAGCGGAGGUGGAGCUUUGGGAAGCCUUCUAGUAAAGGGACAGGGGCGGUGCCGCCGGUGCCCAUUGUCUCCGAGGGAUGGGCUCAAUCCUACCGUGAUGUGUUCUUCACGGAGGCAGAGAAGGAGCAGAGCAAGCAUGCCAUAGUAGUAGCAGCUGCCACUGCAGCUGCUGCUGAUGCUGCUGUAGCUGCUGCUCAGGCAGCUGCAGCGGUAGUCAGGUUAACCAGCCACAGCCGGAAUACGGCGUUUACUGGUACUAGCCGCGAACACUGGGCAGCCAUCAGAAUCCAGACCAUGUUUCGUGGUUACCUGGCAAAGAAGGCACUCAGAGCCUUGAAAGGCCUCGUGAAGCUACAGGCACAUGUUCGUGGCUACCUGGUCAGGAAAGAAGCUGCUGCGACACUUCACAGUAUGCAGGCGCUCUUCCGAGCUCAAGCUACAAUGCGUUUGCGUCAAGCGCGCUCCUCCCACAUUAGGGACCCCAAAUUUCUCCACGAAGCUUGUCCUCGACGAUCAAUGGAGAGAUUUGAUGAAACAAGAAGCGAGAACAUGCCGAGCAUCCACAGUAGGAGAAUCUCUGCUUCGAUAGAGAACGGUCUAAAUGGACCGGAGAGUCCAAAGAUUGUCGAGAUCGACACUUUCCGGACAAAAUCCCGCCCUCGCCGGAGAAAUUUGUCAGCUUCCGAAUCAUUCACGUUUUCCCCGCCUUUCGAGGCAUGUUCCUAUCACCCUCCAAUCAUCCCUGCUUCCUCACCACUGAUGCCCGUUCCUGGCCGGCUUUCUGUGCCGGAUAGUUGGUCCCUCAAUUGGAGCAUACCAGGCGACGAGUGCCGGUUCUCCACUGCACAGAGCACGCCUAGAUUCUCCAAGUCCAGCAUGCAAGACAUCAGAUCCACACCAACAAAGAGCGUUUGUGGGGAUGGAGUCAGAAGACGAUACAGCAACAGCCCCAACUACAUGGCCAACACUCAGUCGUCUCGAGCUAAGGUCCGGUCGCAGAGCGCUCCCAAGCAGCGGCCAGAUCCGCUCACGAAGAGGAGGCUGUCUCUUCAAGAAGCAGUUGAAGCCCGAGCAAGCUUGAGUGGCGUCAGAAUGCAGAGAUCUUCCUCCCAGGCCGCAGAACCAUUCAGUUUCAAGAACACUGUAGUGAAUCGGCUUGAUCGGUCUACCGAGCCAAGCCCAUGCUGGGGCUUAGAUAGAGACUACCUGGUCUCCCUUCAAACUCGCUGGUGACAAGGCAAUAAACGGUCCUUCUUUGUAAAAAUUUGUCUUAUUUCCCGUUUCUUUGUUCAAUUUCAUGAGCUCUUGUGCUUCUUCUCUGUCACUAAUUAAGCAUCAAGAGGGUUUGAUCGUAAGUGAAUUGUAUCCUUGUAGCUCACAAGAGCCUUUCAACUCAAUGAUCAGAAUUUGGAAGAAAAUAAUAA